AUGGCUAACCUAUAUGAAUUUAGAGGUUAUAAUCUUGAAGAAAAGAAAGACGUAUGCUAUGAAUGGUAUCACACCGAAAGGGUGUGUUAUUCUAUCUUGUCCAGAGAUCCAGAAUUCAAAAGUUGUUAUGUGCCUCAAAAAAUGGGACAAAUCAUGGUCACCAUGGACAGGCUGUAUGUUGCGAAAGGACAUUUCAACAUAUUUCGAUACAUCGAAAAAGUGCCAUUACCUAAGGACCAGGAGACAUACGAGAAGGCCAAGCAACAAUUGGAGGUGAUUCACCGGAACGGAAUCGUACACAGGGAUAUCAAAGAGGAUAAUAUUCUCUGUACGAAAGAAGGUCAAGUAUACAUCAUUGAUUUCGCACUAGCUAAGCCCAGUGUUAAUACUUAUGAUAGUGGACUGGAGCAACUAGACCUUCGUGCUUUAGAAUGUGUAUUUCUGUGA